GCAGAGCCAUCAGUCACACGCCCACGAUCCCGGCGAGCAUUGGACGUCUCAGGCGCGCCUUCUCGAUCCAACAAGUACUACAAGAGAAGCCGCUUCCUCCGCGGAUGGUGAUUCCUGAGUCCGAUAUCGAGGAGUCUUUCCUGAAAGGCACCGGGCCAGGCGGACAGAAGAUCAAUAAGACCUCUUCAGCCGUGCAAUUGAAGCAUUUGCCCACCGGUAUCGUGGUCAAGAACCAGGCUACUCGAAGUCGAGAGCAGAACCGCAAAAAUGCCAGGCGUAUUCUGGGCGAGAAACUGGAGGAUAUGGAGAAGGGACCGCUGAGUCGCACUGCACUAAAGGCCGAGAAAGAGAGGAGGAAAAAAGCAAGUGCGUCCAAGAAGGCGCGGAGGAAAUAUCGCAAGUUGGACGAGGCAAAUGCUGCAAGCAAAAGCGAGGACGAUGGCAUAGAGGAUGGUCUGGAUGCGAGCUCAGACAGUACAAAAGACACUGUGAAUGCUGCUUUGGAUGCCUCCGAGCUGUCUGGUGAA